ACGACUUGGAAAGCCGGAAAGGUCACCGAGGAGAAAGCUGCAAACUACGCGGAGUACAAAGCGGCAUUGAAGAGGCUGCAAGAUGAAGGACGUCUGCCUUCUGGGACGAAGCUUGUGAUCUUGGAGGGCCACAAUGGUCAGGCGUUCGCAGUGAAAGCCGCGCUUGCAGAAGUGGAGACGCCUCUAGUUUGUAUUCAUCAGCACGACCUGGAAUUCACUUUCGAUUUUGAUCUGGAGCGUGUGCUGGAUGUCCUUGCAGACCCAGCAGCCGGCGUGAAGUACGUCGGCCUGCCUUUGCUGGUGAACCUGCAUUAUGAAGGCAUUGCCUACCAGCACCACGGUGUUCGGGUCAAGCCGGAGAUGCACAGAGGGCUCAGCCUGAUGCCGAUUAUAUUCUGGACAGCACCCACAUCACAUCCGUGGAGCACUACACCGCCUUGGUCUUCGGCCCGGAGGAGACCUACAAUCCCGGAAACUUCGUUGAAGAGACCUUUGGCGUCCGCCAGAGGAAUGAUAUAA